GCCUGUAACCCACUUUCUCUUGCAGAAAGACUUGCAUCUUCUCUGGACUGGUCUGUGGCUCAAAAAUUGGACUCCUAAGUCACCUCAAGACCCAUCAGUGAGCUGUGGUAGAGAUCAUCCUCUAGUCGAGGGAUUGCCAGUGGUGACAUUGUUCAUCAGUGUUUCUUUCACCAGAAUUUGGAACGUAUUUCUUAACACUGCCACUUGAAGCCUAGGGCACACCUUCCUUUCUGAAGAUUUUAGGACAUGUGAAAACCUGUCAUGAAGUAUGAUUCCUUUCAGCCUUAGUCAAACAACUUUAGCCUGAGGGGGAAACAUAUCACUUCAAAGGCAUUUUUUCCCAGUUUCAGGGACAGAAGGAAAAGCAACGAAGUGACAAGGAAGGGGCAGAGAAUGGUAGUAUAGAUCCACAAAACAGACCCCAUCAAGAAAUUUCUAUAUGAAACCCACAGGAAGAGUCUCAUUUUAAUGACUUGUUUAUGGUAAAGCUUGGUGCCUCUUUUCCAUCUGGCUAGAGGUUGCUCCAUGUAAUAGAGCAAACAGUACAGCAGCUAUUAGCCAAGCAGUAAUCUGGCACUGAGUCUAACCAGACUGUCAUUUCCAGGUCAGCCUCUACAUUUCUGCUGACCAAAUUGCCUUCAUCAUGAGAUCAUGUCUUUCCAGAGAAAUCCCACUAAUGCCCUCAUUCUGUGGAGGUGGUAUAUAUAGAGGGAGGUUCUCUGUGUUAGCAACGUGCAGUCCAGCAAAGACACCACUGUCCUCUAAGUGAUUGCACUGUCUUCUCUCUUACCAUUAAACUUCAAUAGAAGACAUGGACAUUACCAUCCAGCACCCCUGGUUCAAACGUGCUCUUGGACCCCUGAUUCCAAGCCGCUUGUUUGACCAGUUUUUUGGGGAGGGUCUUUUUGAUUAUGAACUCCUGCCUUUGUUGUCCUCCACCAUCAGCCCUUACUACAGGCACUCUCUCUUCCGCAGUGUUUUGGAAUCAGGCAUUUCUGAGGUGAGAUCUGACCGGGACAAGUUUACAAUCAUGCUGGAUGUAAAACAUUUCUCUCCUGAAGAUUUAAGCGUGAAGAUUAUUGAUGACUUUGUUGAAGUCCAUGGCAAGCACAAUGAAAGACAGGAUGACCACGGCUACAUCUCCCGCGAAUUCCACCGCAGGUAUCGCCUGCCUUCCAGCGUGGACCAGUCUGCCGUCACCUGUGUCCUGUCUGCUGAUGGCAUGCUGACCUUCUCUGGUUCCAAGGUCCAGUCUAAUGUCGAUACCAUUCACAGCGACAGACCCAUUCCUGUAGCCCGUGAGGAGAAGCCCACCUCGGCUCCUUCUUCCUAAGCUAAACCUGCUACUGAAGCAUCCAGGCUGUCACAAUUCGCAGGCCUCAUUCACAGAGCCAUUGCAUAGCUAUCAGUGCAUUCUAGAAGGGUUUACUUUUUCUUUUCACUUUUUUCCCCUUGGAUGGAAUGAGAGGCUGGGUGAGCAGCUAGUGGUCUUUGAAGCUUAAACCUAAAAAAACUGUGAUGUCAGGAUGACAUGAAACAAGGAUGCUGCCAAGCUGAUGUUUUUGCUGAAACAGCCAUGUAUUGUGGUGUACAAGGUAACAUCUACCAGAUAUUGAGAAGUGCACAAGUAACACCAACACCUGAUAUACCAAUUUUUAAUGUAAGGCUCAAGCAGGAGAAAGCCCUGCAGCCUUGCUCUGUUCUAAGUGAGAAUUAAGCUAAUUGCCUUAAAAAGAGCCUGAGACACUGUGCACCUGAAAUGAAUGUACCAUGAAUUCCUUGAAGCAACAGGAGAACCACUGACAUGUCACAUGCAGCAGCUGCAACAAUUUUUCAGUAAAGUUUUUAAGUGUAUCUGUUUAUGCCACUCCAGUGUCAUCUUCCCCCAGUGACAACUGAUGCAAGGAUAAGCACGCUGUUCCACUGUCUUUGUAGAUCCUUCAUGGGGGUCCAUCGCUGUGCUGAGGCUUCAAAUUCCCACCAAGCUCUCCCCAGCCUCCAUGUCUCACACCAUUUUUCAUAAAUCUUGCUGUAACUCUAAUGUAGUCCCACCUGUUCUGCUGAUACCUGGCAUUCAAUACAAGCACUCAGUCAAUGGCAGUCAAUAAAGAAUAUAAAUAAGAAGCAAAAUACCAGCUGCUUUCUUU